AUGAAAGUUAGGAGAUACUUGAGGGGCAGUGGGAGGGUACUGGCAUUUGUGUUCAUUGCCUCUGUCAUUUGGCUGCUGUUUGACAUGGCUGCACUCCGUAUAUCAAUAAACGAUGUGAACAGUCAUCUGCUGAAGGAGCGAGUGAUAAAAGAGAGGGAAAUUUUCAAACAGCAGGCCAAGGCAACACAGGUGGUGAAGAGGGGGUUUAAACACCCAGUGCAGAGGGUGGACAUGGCUGCAACACAUGCCGGUAAAGGGACACUCAGUUCAGGUAUGAAACUAGCCCAAGUAUACAGGCAGGGAGGGAAGAAAGAGGGUCAGAUGUUGGGGGACAUAAAGAGGGGCCAUUUACAACAAGCAGGAGAUAAUCUGCUCAAAAGGGACCACUCUGAAUCUAAAUAUAAUGAGGGAGCUACCCUUCAAAAAGACCCACCAAAGCAGGGGGUCGCAGCUAAAAAAGCAGUAAAUUUGGAUCCGAAUGGACCAAAAUUAGAGAUAAAUGGAGUCAGAGAUGGCUCUAAUAAAGUGAUUUCACCUGUAGUGCCGUUUAAUAUUACCCAAGUGCCACCUGGUGUUCAGAAAAACAAACCCAUUAAAGCCAGAGAUUCUGGACAAAAUGCUCUGGACAAAAAGGAUUUCAAGACAAAUGUAAAAGUCAAGGAUGAACCAAAGACUAGCUCAAAAGUGAACAAACUUCAGGCCGAGGAGGCACACCCUGUUAAAACAACACAUCCCAACACGGAUGUAAAAGGAAAGGAGGUUGACAUAAAAAAGGAGGAAAAGCAGGUCAGGAAGUUUGUCAAGAGCGAUGUGAAUGCAGCAAAGCAACCUCCGAAACCUACAAUCAAGCUCCCCGCAGGAGAGGACGCCAAGGGUAACUUGACUGCUGUCAGAAAACCAGGUGUCCACAAAGUGCUUUCUCUGGAUUUGACUCACGCUCCCAGAGAUGUCAACGCGGUGGGCCAGUUUGGUCAGGCAGUGAUUGUUGGCAGUGAUGAAGACGUGGAGGUGAAGAGGAGAUGGGAUGAAGGGCAUUUUAAUGUCUACCUGAGUGAAAAGAUCCCAGUGGACCGUGCCAUUCCUGAUACCAGGCCUGAGAUGUGUGCACAGAAUGUAGUCCACGAUGACCUGCCUUCCACCAGUGUGAUCUUUUGUUUUGUGGAUGAAGUGUGGUCCACGCUCCUGCGCUCCGUGCACAGCGUUCUCAACAGAUCUCCGCCACACCUCCUCAAAGAGAUCAUUCUUGUGGAUGAUUUCAGCACCAAAGACUAUCUAAAGGAGCAGCUGGAUACAUACAUGUCCCAGUUUCCCAAAGUCCGAAUCAUUCGCUUGAAGGAGCGACAGGGCCUGAUUAGGGCCAGACUGGCCGGAGCGGCUUCCGCCAAAGGCGAGGUUCUUACCUUCCUUGACUCCCACGUUGAGUGUAACAUAGGCUGGUUGGAGCCGCUGUUGGAGAGAGUCUAUAUGGAUCGCAAGAAGGUGCCCUGCCCAGUCAUAGAAGUCAUCAGUGAUAAGGACAUGAGUUAUAUGCUAGUUGACAACUUCCAAAGAGGUAUUUUCAAAUGGCCUUUGGUGUUUGGCUGGAGUGCAUUACCAGACGAGUAUAUUAAGAAGAAUAACAUGACCAUCGCAGAUCCCAUCAGAUGUCCAGUUAUGGCUGGAGGGCUUUUCUCCAUAGACAAAAAAUACUUCUAUGAACUUGGUGCCUAUGAUCCUGGCCUGGAUGUGUGGGGUGGGGAGAACAUGGAGAUUUCAUUUAAGAUCUGGAUGUGUGGAGGUGAAAUAGAGAUCAUCCCCUGCUCUCGAGUGGGGCACAUUUUCCGAGGACAGAACCCUUACAAAUUCCCCAAGGACAGGCAGAAGACAGUGGAGCGUAACCUGGCGAGGGUGGCUGAAGUUUGGCUGGAUGAAUACAAGGACCUUUUCUACGGCCAUGGCUACCACCACCUGCUGGAUAAAAAGGUCACUUACAUCGGCAACCUCACAGAACAGAUUGACCUGAGGAACAGGCUCAAAUGCAAGAGCUUCAAGUGGUACCUGGAGAAUGUGUAUCCAGAUAUGGUGGCUCCAUUAGUCAAAGCGGAGGGCCUGGUCUUUAACCGUGGCUUAAGAAAAUGCCUCAGUCUGCAGAAAAACACUCUGUCCUUUGAGAUCUGUGAUCUCAGCAAGCAGAGUCAGCACUUUAAUUACACCUGGAUGAGGCACGUUCGACAGCAGGACCUUUGUGUCUCUCCCCUAGCCAAAGACAGCGGCAUCACUUUACAAUUAUGUGAUAAUGCCAAGGCUGAACUCCGCUGGUUCCACAAAUCCUCCAACUCAGCACUGGCAGAGCACCUCAUGGCAGAGUUUGUUUCCCGACACAUGUGCCUGGAAGCGGGGCCUCAGGGUGACACUCUUCGCCUCGGCCCUUGUGAACCCUCCAAUGCCUUCCAGAAAUGGCAGUUCACACACUACCACUCCCAGUGAAAAGACUGAAUGAGUUUUAAGUGUUAAACAUGCACCAAUUACCGUCAGUGGCCUCAUACUCCAGUAGACCUCCAGGUCUGUGGUCCAGAUUCUACACAGGACACUGAUGGCAGUGACAUGUGUGCGCUGUGAAGCAGAGGGUGUGGGGAUGUGCAAUGUUUUUGAUGCCUUUUAUCAUUAUACCAACCUCAACGGACCUUGAGUUGAAACACCAGUGCCAGAAUCCUGUUCAGGAAGGUUUGGUCUGGAGGGUGCUAACUUUAGAAAAGUUUCUUUACUCUGGUAUUUGGGGAAAAGACCACACAUGUGCCUUAAAUGAUUGCUUUAAAGACUGGGCUUCAUGUGAAUGUCCUGUAAAAAACAAGUCUGAUAUGUUUAGUCAGACAAAAUACAAUUUCACUGCCAAAGAAGAAAGGAUUAACAGUGCCUCCAUAGAUUUAAAAUGUAGAAAUCUUAUUUUUUUCGUUGUGUUUUUGCUCUGCUGGGACUGAAUGAGUUAUAUUGCAUGUAAUUAAGAAUUUACUAAUUUGUAUAAAACACAUAUUUUUGGUGAGACAUCUACUGUUUUUUUUCCAGAUGUCAUCUACUUUACAUUUGAUGAGGUUCUUGGGUGGAAGUGCUGUUUCUCUGGUUUUAAAUGCUGCAUUAUUUAGAUGUAGGUUUGGUUGUGGAAACUGUAUGAAUUUCUUUUUUUCACUAGAGGGAAGUGUUGGUCUAAAACGCUCAAUAAACCUGUGCUGUGAUUUGGACUGAACUGUUAUCAAACUCUUACACACAA